CUGUGUUACAAGUCUCGGCAUAUUGCAUCUUAAGAUUAGGGUUUCAUUGGAUCUCGAAGCGGAUGCAUAGAACAAACCCCGGACCUCCGUUCCACCCUAAAAUACCUCUUUGGUUCUCUCUCCGCCUAAUCCCUGAUCGUCGUCUCACUGCCGUCUCUCUUCCAAAAUCGCCGACUUAAAAACCCCCCCCUUGCUCGCCGGAACAAGUGCAGCGACAUGCAGGUGGUCUCGAAAGCUCGCCGGCUAGCUAGGGUCUUGAGGCCGCCGGCGGCUAUUCUCUGCCCUGACCCCCGAUUCCAAACGCCUCUAGUCGGCGCCCCCCACUCUUGUCUCCAAUCUCGCAAUCACGGCACACUCUGGUUCUCAGGAAUUGGUAAUGUCUCGUGUGUGCCAUCAGCAUUGAAUGUUUCGCAGAUAAUAUUGCAAAGUGGGCCGUUCUUGGUGAUGACCACGACAAUGGUGGCGAAGGUAUCGUAUUCUUCGAGAGCAAGCUUCAAAGAGGGCAAUCCAACAGAGGCCGUUAAGGAAUUGUAUGACAAAAUGCUUACAUCUCUGGCAGAGAAAAGAACCAUGCCUCCAAAUGCUUGGCUGUGGUCCCUCAUUGAAAAUUGCUCCAACCACGAUGAUGUUAAGCAUCUAUUUGACAUUUUGCAGCGUCUUCGAAUGUUUAGACUUUCAAAUCUUCGCAUUCAUGCAGAUUUCAAUUGCAAUCUUUGCAGAGAAAUUACUAAAACAUGUGUUCGAGUGGGAGCCAUUGAUUUUGGCAAGAAGGCACUGUGGAAGCAUAAUGUCUAUGGACUGUCUCCUAGUAUUGGAUCUGCUCACCAUUUACUGUUGUAUGCUAAACAGCGCAAUGAUGUUAAACUUAUGAUAGAGGUCAUGAAACUUCUGAAAAGGAAUGACCUACCAUUGCAACCUGGCACAGCAGACAUUGUUUUUAGCAUUUGUUACGACACAGAUAAUUGGGAGUUGAUUUCGAAGUAUUCAAAAAGGUUCAUCAAGGCUGGAGUCAAACUGCGGCAAACUUCAUUUGAUGUAUGGAUGGACUUUGCUGCAAAAAGAGGAGAUGUUGAUUCUUUGUGGAAAAUUGAAAAGUUGAGGUCAGAAUCCAUGAAGCAGCACACUCUUGUGAGUGGGUUUUCAUCUGCCAAGGGUUUUCUACUUCAAGGUAAGCCCGAGGAUGCUGCUGCAAUAAUUCAAGUCCUCAAUGAGACUCUAUCUGAAGCAAAGAAGCCUGGCAUCACGGUUGAGCUUCAAAAACUGGUCAGUGAGUGGCCCUUGGAGGUCAUAAAGCGUCAAAAAGAAGACGACAGGAAGGAACUGGCUGCUGCUUUGCAAAAUCAUAUUCUGGCCAUGGUUAGAUCCAUGCUAAACAUGGGCCUAGAGGUGGCGAAUGUAAAUAUGGAAGACCUAACGAUGAAAGAUGGGGUUCCCUGUUAAAUUUGUUCGUCCAAGCAAGUUAAGUUUUGAGAGCCUGAAGUCCAUAUUCAACCUUCGCACCAGAAAAACAGCAAAGGAAAUGAGUUCUAGUUACGGCCGCCACUGAACGCACCUGGGAUUGACUGCCCUCUCUAUACGGGGAGAUUGAUUCUUGCCUACCCGACAAAAAUCCCCCAACACAUGAAGUGGUCAUUUGUUGUUCUGGACGUAUGUCUAUUAAUCAACUUCUUUUUCUUUCAACGAGUCGGUCAUCUAUUCAUACUGAAAAAUGAAAAAUAUCUGGGGGCGGGGCAGGUUCUAUCUGGAUCUUUUAACAUACAAUAAUCCAAUUUUGCAGUGCUAGUGCAAACAAGGUCCAUUUUUGCAGCGUUAGAACUUUCAUUUGUUUGUAUGGUUGGAGAUAUUGAUUGAUGUCAAUUCCCUUUUUAAGAC